CUCGAUGUUGGGUAACUGCCUUUUUAUUUUAGUGGGUUAUAUUAUAUUAUUAUAACCUAAAAAAAACAGUUGACAUAAAAUUUGUUUUGGUAUUGUGUUGUGUCUUUCACAACGUAAAAGUAAAAAUAAAAUAAAAUGAGUAUCAAACCAUUCAUUUCAAGAAAUAUAGUAGCUUUGGUGAUGGUGCCAAUGAUCAUCGGCGGGCACUAUGGCUGGUACAAGCUCCAGGAAAAUGAUACUCUAGUCUCUCCUGAAGAGAGAGAAAAACUGCCGAUUAUAAAGAUGAUUAAAAACAUGAGCUUUUCAUUAACAUCCAAGGAUUAAGCGAAGAACCGUGCACAUACUUGUAAAUAUGUAAUUA